CAAUCUUGAAAUACAAGGGUAAAUGGUAUUAAUCAGUGACCGAAAGUCACUUCCGGACUUGGAGAACGCUCAAAGCGUUGUAGAAAGCCUCUGAAUAACGGGGCGUGGUUUUGGCUUAACUGCGUUGGGGAAAAAAGAAGGCGCAUCUCGCGUCACCUGUAGAAACGUACCAUCUACAUUUCCUGGUUGUAAGCAAACCACAAUAUCCAGAAUUAACAGCGAUUUCAAGACGUAGUACCGCCAGUCGAUUGGAACCACGUAAGAAUAAAAACAAUUCAGCCUCGACCACGCACACAAAUUGACUAAUCCUGCUGCUGACCUUGACACCCGUUUUAGUAGUACAGAUCCCAGAGGCCCAUUGGAUGAAAACUAUCAGCCGGGAACAAGCUCAACAUCAUCUGGUUUGGAUGAGGAAAAAGGACUUCAUGAGGCUGGCAAGAGACAAAGUGUUCAGUCUGAGUCCAAGGUCAUACAGCUCAUGAAGGUUCUGCCAGACCAGCUGCCAUUGGCCCAACCAACACAAGACGAUGCACACCAGCUGAAGAACAUUCCGGACCCUGUCUGGAACAUUCAGCCAACAAAACAUCUAUAUUGUUGUACUGAUGUUGUAGUAUAAUGUAGAAUACCUAGUAUACCCACAACUGUAAUGUUGAUUUGAGUAGCAGCAGAAACCAAUAGUGUUGACUUCCAAAUUCUGGAUUAAUUCAUUGUGAUAUUUAAGAAAUGUAUUCAGAAGUAACUUGCUACAAUCUUACUGAUGAAAAAAAAAAAAUGAUACAGAGAGACCAACCAUUGACGUCAUGGUUUGAACACACCCAGCACACAAAAAAAAUCCAAAAUACCUCUCAUCACUCAUAAUUAUUUAGGGAGACUGGGAAAACACUCCAAAUAGUGUCUAGCUGUGAAGGUUACCUUUAAAAUGUCUGUGCUGGGAAAUGUAUCAAGAUCACCCAUGUUGCACAAGCCUUAAACUUACAUAAAUAUGUAAAUAUUAAUAAUAACUUAAUAAUAAUAAUGACUGACUUCCCUAGUUAAACAACAUGUAAGCCUAUAGCCUGUCAGGUUGAUUGCAGAAUGUUACCCUACAUUUCUGAAAUGGUUGAUUAUUUCAUCUCAAAAUUUUAACCCAUUUGAAACUGAAUGAAUGAGACUGGCGCUGUAAUAUUUGAUGAGGCUGAGAUAUUUACGAAUCGGAGAGGGACUCUUUUCUGCGUUAUCCCAUUGGUCAAUGUCACUGCAGUGUGCCUCCUGCUGGCAGGCGGAUCGUUGCACCCCUCCCUCCCCAACACGCCUGCUGCUACUGGAAUAACCGGGAAGCGCGCUCUUACAACGGGGAUCUCCUCCGCAACGUCAUUCGCUAAAACCAUUUCUCGAACGGUGGGAUCUUGCGACGUAAUUGUAACUAAGCUUUGAUGGCCAGAUAUGUUGUAGAACAGUGCGAGGGUUGGUGCUGUUCGAGGGGAGGAGCUAGUUUUUAAUUCUGGACUUCAAAUACAACAUGCCGGAGAGAGGGCGAGGGGCCGCUCGUUCCCCUUGGUAUAGAGAAGGAUGAAUGCCACUCUGUUCCAGCCUAACUGAGAACGAGGGAGCAACAGAGGAAGAGAAGGAAGAGGAAGAGGUGGAAAGAGGAGAGGAACAAGUGAAGAAGAAGAUAUUGAGAUCCGUACUCUCGACAGGGAUCCUCUUCACAUCCGGACAAUUAUUUCUCUCUGUUCGUCUCUCUCUCUUUUCCUCCAUAGUCGACAUCGUUCACUGCAGUGGCGCUACCUCUCCUAGACUUUGAGCCGUGAAGGGGCUCUAACACACACACACACACACACACACACACACACACACACACACACACACACACACGUUUGGUCUGUGUCCUGUUGAUCUGCUAAUGCUGUUUAAGCCUGGCUGCCUGCCUGCUCGCUCCAUCCCAAUCUCCAGAUCAUGAAGAGGCCCAAGCAACAGACUCAUCCCCUCAGCUUCCUCUCCUUCUUCAGCCGGAAGCCUAAAUCCGAUCCCAGGCUUGAGAGGCCUGCUGGGGCCCACAACAAGGAGGAGGUCUCCAUCACUCUCACACCCAGCGAACAUGCAGACCAGGACCAGAACAUCACAGCCGAAGAGGGCGUGAUCGAGCAAGGCGACUUGGAGGCGGCAUCAUCAGGGGUGACGGGUGACGACCCUGGCGCUGCGGUGGAGGUGGAAUGCUGCGGCGGCGGAGCCAACAGUUCGUCCACAGGAGUCCUAUCCCUCUCGUCUUCCAGCCAGGACCAGCUAUUGGACGAUCACCACUUGGAGGAGUGUCCUUUAUGCCUCCUCAGCCAACCACGAUGCCGGUUCCCUCGCCUCUCUUCCUGUUCCCACCGGGCCUGCUAUGACUGCCUGAGACAGUACCUGAAGAUUGAAAUCUCAGAGAGCAGGGUGGGCAUCGCCUGUCCGCAGUGCCCCGAGGCGUUUGCGCCGCAAGAUGUGCGCACCAUCCUGGAUGACUUGACGCUGCUGGAGAGAUUCGAAGAGUACCAGCUGAGACGGUUUCUGGCAGCCGACCCGGACACGCGCUGGUGUCCAGCACCCGACUGCAGCUUUGCAGUGAUAGCGUAUGGCUGUGCUGAGUGUCCUAAGCUAAGCUGCGGGCGUGAGGGCUGCGACACAGAGUUCUGCUACCACUGUCGGCAGCUGUGGCACCCCGACCAGACGUGUGACCAGGCUCGACGCCAGCGAGCACGCCACACUUCCGGGGGAAAUGAUGCCUCCACACUAUACGUCUUCAACGAGGAGCCUGGAGGAGAGUCGGAGGAGAUCAAGGCGUGUCCUCGUUGUGGGGCCUACAUCAUGAAGACCAACGAUGGCAGCUGCAACCGGAUGAACUGUACCGUGUGCGCCUGUCAGUUCUGCUGGCUGUGUAUGCAAGAGAUCACCGACGUGCACUACCUCAGUCCCUCAGGUUGUACGUUCUGGGGGAAGAAACCGUGGUCUCAGACCCGGAAGGUGCUGUGGCAGGUGGGCAUGCUGCUCGGCGCCCCAGUAAUCAUCUCUCUCAUCGCUGGCAUCGCCAUCCCCGUCAUCAUAGUGGGCAUUCCCAUCUACAUGGGCCGCAAGGUCCACGGACGCUGUAAGAAGAACAAUAUCUCAGGUAGUAAACAUUACCUAACGGUGGCCAGCGGCGUCAUGAUGUCCGUGUUCGUGUCGCCCGUCAUAGCUGCUGUCACUGUGGGGGUGGGCGUCCCGUUGAUGUUGACGUAUGUCUAUGGGGUCGUCCCCAUGUCGCUCUGUCGGAAUGGAUGGUGCCAGCCGCAGAACGACCCCCCAGAAACACAUAAGAUACAACUGGAAGACCUAGCCAGCUAUCUUCUAUUCUCUCACGUAGUCAGCGACCACUGGCCGGGACCGGGGACAAGAGGCCAGACCAACCCCGCCCUCAGCGACACCAGCGUCCAGGAAGUCCUACAAGAUGUUAGGGUCAGCGUACAGGAAGUUGGCCUGCUCCCCAGCACCAGCAGUGCUGCCACGCCCCCGGAACCAGAUGCAUGCGCAGGAUUGGACAAGCAUCAGAUGCGUCAUGUUUAUAUGCAGCAGGACAGCCAAUCAGACUGCGAAGGAGCUGGGGGUGCUGGGAUGCUGGAUAAGACACAGACAUUCUCCUUGCGGGAGGGAACAAACAUUGAAGUGCGUGUAGAGAUCGAGGCCCAUCCACGAGGCGCACGUCAGUCCAGCCUCAGUAGCAUCCUGUCCAGUCGUAGCCUAUCAGCUGAGUCCCUGGGUCGAGCACACACAGUAGGCCGCGCCCACUCGCAAGAUCCCCUGGGCCACGCCCACUCCCAGGAACAUCUGUAUGCCUCUGAACAUGAAGAAGAGAGUGGAGAAAAGGAAAGUGGAGGAAGAGAGGGAGAAUGCAGGGACCACCUGCAUGUUUUUGAGACUGACAAUGUCUGAGCUCCGCCUACUAUUUAGGCCACACCCCGCUUCCACUACAGGCUCCUACCACCAACUGUCUUCCUGGUCCACCGUCUAAGAGUCGGGGACAUGGAGAGAGAAAGGGAGAGCGAGAGCGAGAGCGACAGUGAGGAGGGAGAGAUGGAAAAAGUGUGUUUGUGAAAAAUAGACUAAAUAAACAGGGCCGCUUGCCAACACGGAUGCAUCAAAACGAACCAGAAAUGACUGAAAGCAUGUUGAUCGACUAGUUUGGUGGGUGCUAGCCUCACUUUACUGUGUUCUUUCAGAAGAGACCCCCCUCCCCCUUCCAAUCUAACACUGGUCUAUUUAAAUAAUUAUUUAAAUACAAAUUAUUACCAAGCCCCUUCUCUACCUACACCCGCGUACUUAUACUGAUCUAGAGCCGUUUGUAUCAAGCAUCUCAGAGUUGGAGUGCUGAUCUCGGAUCAGUUUUGCCCUUUUUCGAUCACAAUAAACAUGAUUAUUAUAGACAGAAAAUACCUGAUCCUAGAUCAGCACUCCUACACAGAGAUACGUACAACGCCUAAUUUCCCCCCUUUCCAUCUAAGAUACAUUUUAAGAGAUCUAAAAGCAUGUUUUGUUCUGUAGGGGUUAGCCACAUGUAACAUGCUGCUUCAACUCUCUUCCUGUCCGUCCCGUGUUGAUGAUGACAUGCCAUGGAACGUUGAGAGGCUACUGUGUAAAAGGGUCUAAUGAAGGGGGGGGGGUUUCAGCAUUGUCAGAUACCGUGUAAACCUUACUUUGUGCAACGCGUUUUAACAGAGGAGAUUUGCUGGUCCAACUGGUCCAACUUGCUGGUCCAACUGGUCCAACUUGCUGGUCCAACUGGUCCAACUUGCUGGUCCAACUUGCUGGUCCAACUUGCUGGUCCAACUGGUCCAAUGCUGAUCCAACUGGUCCAACUUACUGGUCCAACUUGCUGGUCCAACUGGUCCAACUUGCUGGUUCAACUGGUCCAACUUGCUGGUCCAAUGCUGGUCCAACUUGCUGGUCCAACUGGUCCAACUUGCUGGUCCAACUGGUCCAAUGCUGGUCCAACUUUAUGGGACUUGUUGAAAUGCAGUCGCCCUCAACUAUGACUCGUUGGGGAUCUCAGUGAAUUUCAUAGUAGACCACUUUGACCAAACUGGUUAUCAAGCUGAUGUCCCCUUGUAUCACAACCUUUCAUUGGCGGUGGGUGCUGCUGCUGCUAUCUGUUUUGGUCAAGGCAUACAUUAUUUCUCUGCUGUGAAUCUAAGCAAUAUUCAGGGACCAGCCUCUGUGAAGUUAUGGGGCGGCAGGGUAGCCUAUGCGUUGGACUAGUAACCGGAAGGUUGUGAGUUCAAACCCCCGAGCUGACAAGGUACAAAUCUGUCGUUCUGCCCCUG